CAGAAAAAAUGUCCUUUCAAACUCUAUAAUAAAGAGGCAAAGAACCAUGAGAAAUGUCAAUCGAAUAAUAGUAAACUGUCCUAUAUAUUCUCCAACAAGAAUAAAAGAAGUGCUUCUCUUAUUACAUAUCUAGUGAAGAAACAAACUUAAAGAAGGAAAACAGAAUGAGUCCAAAAACUUAUCUUGCUGUUCCAGUCAUUGAUUUCUCUAGAUUAGACCUCAAUCCCGACAAUAAUACUGAAGAGUGGGAAUCAGUAAGAACCCAAGUUGUGAAAGCAUUAGAAGAACAUGGAUGCUUCAAGGCUUCCUCCAAUAAAAUUUCUUUAGAGCUUAGACAGGCCAUUCUUAGUGACCUCGAAGAGCUUUUUGCCUUACCUCUAGAAAACAAAAUGCGUAAUACUUCGGAAUUACCAAAUUGUGGAUAUAUUGGAAAAUCACCUUUUACUCCACUUCAUGAGAGUCUUGGAAUCAUCGAUCCCAUUACUUUGGAAAAUGUCGAAAGCUUAACCAAUGUCCUAUGGCCUGGAGGAAAGCCAAGUUUCAGUGAGAACAUACAAUCCUACUCCAAGCAAAUACUUGAAGUGGAAAAAAUAAUAAGGAGGAUGAUUUUGGAGAACUUGGGUGUUGACAAGUACUUGGAUGAACAUAUGAAUUCAACUGCCUCCUCUCUCAGGGUAAUGAGAUAUGAAGCACCCAAUACCACUGAGACACAGCUUGGACUAGCUGCCCACACGGAUCAAGGCAUAAUUGCCAUUCUGUACCAAAAUCAAAUUGAUGGUUUAGAAGUUGAGACCAAAAAUGGGGAGUGGGCCAAUAUCAAACUCGAACCAGACCAUUUCCUUGUCAUAUUUGGAGAAUCUUUCAAUGCAUGGGUUAACGGUCGUCUAUAUGCUCCAUUUCAUCGAGUAACAAUGAUCGGAAAUGAGGUAAGGUACUCAUUCGGAACGUUUUCAGCAUUUAAACCGGGCUACUUGAUAAAAGCACCGGAAGAGCUAGUGGAUGAAGAACACCCUUUGCAAUACAGGCCUUUUGAUUUUAUUGAAGUCCUUAACCGCCACCAGGCACAAGUGCAGAAGAGCUCUGACAAAGUUGAAACGGCUAUUGCCCCUUUAAAAGCCUAUUAUGGUGUUUGAUUCUCAGUUAUAUCCGAUGUUAUCUCUUACAUUCACGUGCAUGUAUCAUUAAUUAAAUAUAUGGAAACUUUAUCUUUUAAUUA